CACGCCCUCUUAUGUUUUCUCUGUAACUGGAGUUCCUAACUUGUGACGGAUGCAUCAUUGUGUGUAGCGUAUGUUUGGUGUUCGAGAGAAGAUCUGAAAACUGAGUUGGUGAUUUGCCAAGCUGCCCUCGUCAGAAGAAGCAAGAAUUCAGGCAAUGGAUAUUGACAACAGCGAUCAUGGAAUGUGGUGGGGAACCCUGGGUACCGUGCGCCCUUUCCCUGGUUUUAUAGCCGAUGAAGAUGCCCGCGAGAUCCAGUUGUCCGUGGAUAAGAAAGAUUUCGCCAGAUUGGUGAGGAUUCUGACAAAUCGAAAUAAUGCCCAGAGACAAAAGAUUGCACAAGCCUUCCAGAAAAACUCCCAGAAGGAGCUGAGUGCAGUUCUGAAGAAGGCUCUAUCGGGUCCGCUUGAGGAGCUGAUGUUGGCCCUGCUGAUGACGCCGACCCAGUUUGAUGCCCACCGCCUCCGCCAGUCUAUGGAGGGCAUGGGGACGGAUGAGGAGGCUCUACUGGAGGUCCUGUGUACCAGAACUGGCCCCCACCUGAAGGAGGUCAUGGUGGCCUACAGGCAGCUGUACGGUCGUUAUUUGGAGAAAGACUUGGAGAGUGAGACCAGUAAAGAUUUUACCAAGCUUGUCCUGGCCCUUGUGAUGAAAGAGGAGAAAAACGUUAAAGGCCUGAUAGACUAUCACCUGAUCAGUGAAGAUGUAAAGGCCCUUGCUGAGGCGAUAGGUAGUAAAAAGGUCAACUCUGCUCCAUGGAUACAGAUACUAACAUCGAGGGAUCCAGACCAUCUCAACAGAGUGUUUUCAAGACUGGAGAUGCUGAAGGGGGAGACUAUGGAGAAAAUGGUGCAGAGUAACUUCUCAGGAGACUUGAAACUUGGUUUACGCAUUUUAGUCUCCUGCAUCCAGAACACUCCUCUCUUCCUGGCUCAGCGGCUACACGGCUCCUUGAAGAAGAGUAGCGUUGUGCGAGGAGUGAUGGUGGGACGUUGUGAGGAUGACUUGCUCUGCAUAAGGAGAGAGUUCAAAAAACUCAACAACAUGUCCCUGUACUCCACCAUUCAGAAAGAGUUCAAGGGGGACUUGCAGGAGGCGCUGCUGGCCCUGUGUCGAUCAGAAGACAUGUAGAGAGGACAGGAAGAGGAGAAGAAGAGGAGGAAGACCU